UACAGUGACAUUGUAUUUGCAGCUGUUGGACGUGCAGAUGGUUUCCACACUGCUAGCUAGUCAUCUAGCUAGCCACUAACGACAGACUCGGGGGUGGUAGGGGCAAGUGGUGUUGGGACGAUGGCUUACAUAAUGGGGUUGCUCUCCGCUUCUACUGGACCCUUCAGGGUUGGGUUGAGGGCAUGGGGUACCAGAUAUUCCGUGAUGGCAGCCCGGACAUUUUUAAUGACGGGCUAUCGUGGCGCGGCUACAGGAGACUUUGCACUACAUCGAAUCAAGUAUUUGGGAUCACAUGAAAACGUGCGCUUGACUCAUCGUCUACUUUCCUCAAACAAGCCGCCUAAAGGGUUUGAAAAGUUUUUUCCAAAGAGUGAAAAUGCGCCUGGGGUCAACAAAUCAACUGGAGAGCCAAAAGAGGUGAAGGCUGAGUCGCGUGGCAAUGGAGGGGGGCCAGGUGGAGGAGGUGGAGGUGGAGGAGGAGGAGGAGGAGGAGGAGGGAAGAAAGGUGGGAAGAAGGAGGAUGCAAACUGGUGGACACGACUGCAAAAGGGCGACCUUCCCUGGGAUGAGAAGGAUUUCCGGUACCUGGCAGUUGCAGCUGGGGGUCUGUUCUCUACGUUCAUGUACUUCUACUUCAGAGACACUGGAAGAGAGAUCACCUGGAAGGACUUUGUACAUCACUACCUUGGUAGAGGACUGGUCGACCGCCUUGAAGUUGUCAACAAACAGUUUGUGCGAGUCAUUCCAGUGCGUGCAGCGAACACAUCAGAUGUGAGCUAUGUCUGGUUCAACAUCGGCAGCGUGGACACAUUUGAGCGGAAUCUGGAGGCUGCGCAGCAGGAGAUGGGCAUGGAGCCGUCUCACAGGGUGGCUGUGGUGUACAGCACUGAGAGCGAUGGGUCAUUCAUGAUGAGCAUGAUUCCUACCCUGCUACUGAUUGGCUUCUUGCUCUUCACACUGCGACGGGGACCAAUGGCAGGAGGAGGUGGUGGAAGAGGGGGCGGGCUCUUCAGCAUGAGUGAAUCCACAGCCAAAAUGAUGAAGGACAACAUUAGCGUCAAGUUCAAGGAUGUGGCUGGAUGUGAGGAGGCUAAGCUGGAGAUCCUGGAGUUUGUCAAUUUCCUGAAGAACCCCAAACAGUACCAGGACCUGGGUGCCAAAAUUCCCAAGGGAGCCGUGCUGUCGGGGCCCCCCGGGACAGGAAAAACUCUGCUGGCGAAGGCCACCGCUGGGGAGGCCAACGUGCCCUUCAUCACCGUCAACGGCUCCGAGUUCCUGGAAAUGUUUGUGGGCGUGGGACCUGCCCGGGUGAGGGACAUGUUUGCCAUGGCUCGGAAGAACGCUCCCUGCAUCCUCUUCAUCGACGAGAUCGACGCGGUGGGCAGAAAGCGGGGCAGGGGCAACUUCGGGGGUCAGAGCGAGCAGGAGAACACCCUCAACCAGCUGCUGGUGGAGAUGGACGGGUUCAACACCAGCACUAAUGUGGUCGUCCUGGCUGGAACCAACAGGCCUGACAUCCUGGACCCAGCCCUGAUGAGGCCCGGCCGGUUUGACAGACAGAUCUACAUAGGCCCUCCGGACAUCAAGGGCAGAGCCUCCAUCUUCAAGGUCCACCUGCGUCCCCUGAAGCUGCAUGCCAGUGUCGACGGAGACGCGCUCGCCCGAAAACUGGCAGCCCUCACCCCCGGCUUCACCGGAGCGGAUAUCGCUAACGUCUGCAACGAGGCCGCGCUCAUCGCCGCCCGGCAUCUCAACGCGAGCAUUAACGCCAAGCACUUCGAGCAGGCCAUCGAGCGAGUCAUCGGAGGCUUGGAGAAGAAGACGCAGGUCCUCCAGCCCGCGGAGAAGAAGACGGUGGCGUACCACGAGGCCGGCCACGCCGUCACGGGCUGGUUCCUGGAGCACGCCGAUCCCCUGCUCAAGGUGUCCAUCAUUCCUCGGGGGAAGGGCCUGGGGUACGCGCAGUACCUGCCCAAGGAGCAGUACCUGUACAGCCGCGAGCAGCUCUUCGACCGCAUGUGCAUGAUGCUCGGGGGCCGGGUGGCCGAGCAGGUCUUCUUCGGCCGCAUCACCACGGGGGCCCAGGACGACCUGAAGAAGGUCACGCAGUCGGCCUACGCACAGAUCGUGCAGUUCGGGAUGAGCGACAAGGUGGGCCAGGUGUCCUUCGACCUGCCGAGGCAGGGCGAGAUGGUGAUGGAGAAGCCCUACAGCGAGGCCACGGCCCAGCUGAUCGACGAGGAGGUGCGCUCGCUCAUCAACCGCGCCUUCGAGAGGACGCUGGCGCUCGUCCUGGAGAAGAAGGACGUGGUGGAGCAGGUGGGUAAAAGGCUCCUGGAGAAGGAGGUCCUGGACAAGGCGGACAUGCUGGAGCUGCUGGGUCCGCGGCCCUUCGAGGAGAAGUCCACGUACGAGGACUUUGUGGAGGGCACCGGGAGCUUCGAGGAGGACACCAGCCUGCCGGAGGGCCUGAAAAACUGGAAUGAGGAGGCGGGAGUCAGCCAGGAGGAUGCUCCCCGCACGCAGGAGAAGCAAGCACUGUAGAGGGGGGGGCGGGGUGUGUCAGAACGAGAGAGAGACAGUGGAAUGUUGUCUUCCUGAACCAGGCCUGCAGAGGCGAGAGUUUGCCCUGCAAAUGGGACUGCAGCAGAGGUUUGGGUUUGAGAGCUCCCCACAACGCGGGAACAAGUGCAAGAGGGGACUUCUCUUUGUUUUCUCGUCCUUUAUGGUUAUGUAGCCGGAAAUAGUCCCUCCUCAUGACUGAAGUGAGCAUCAUUAAAACGGACGAAUGUUCUGCAUUGCCUUAACUUGGGAGCUGCCUUGUUCUGGCAGUUCUCUGAGGUGUCGUGAGCAUCUGACUGUCCUGUACAAGAGCUUCGGCCCAGCAGUGCAUCGAGCAUAUUGGGAUGUUCCAGUUGUGUUUUGUUCCCCUUGUUGACCGCCCAAUGAACAUCUUCAGGAACAAAUUUACUGGCUUUUUGUGUCAUAGAGAUGGAUUUCUAGUGCCGUGUGGUGAUUUUAUUCCUAAAUCACACUUUCUUUUUUUGCUGCUUUUAGCAAUGGAGUUUUUGUAUAAAAAGUGUAUAUAUUUAAAAUGGCCUGAAAGGAUGAAAUAUGACUGAUCCUUGUGACUGUUCUGAAAGACCAAUUAAAUUGUGGUACAUUUCAACCAGAGCUUGGUGAUCUCAUUGUAUUCUGGUUGAAGGGUACGCUCCAGACUUAGAACAUGAAUGUGACCACCUACGGCUGAUAAAAUAGAUUGAUUUUACAGAGCAUCUAGGGCUUCACAUUUUUUCUCUGAAGAAUUAUAUUUAUGUAAAUUAAUCCCAGGGAAAAAGCUUGGCUGGACAUACCAAGCCCACACAAAAUAACCUGUAAAAUAAAACCAGCUGUUCUGUUAUUAAAAAACAUUGUCUUUACUUUACAUAGUGCCUUGCAAUGGUAUUAAGACGCUUCAUCAGUUUUCAUAUUUUGCUGGAUUACAGAUGGUAAUUCUUAUUUUUUAUCUAAUAUUUUAUUCAAAACUCAAAUAGUCAAAUAGGUAUUUUUAGGGAAAAUGAAACUGACAUAUUGCUUACAUCAGUAUUUUCUAGAUGGGGUCUGGGUGGUGUGAUGCAGCUUCCACUUCAUUAGUAGCAAAGCGGUGCUUCCUGGGAUCCUGAGUCCUUCACCAAUGACCCUCCCGAAAUGGGUGUUUUUGUCCUGAAACCAUGCUUUUAUGGUCGGACAGAAAGAGGCCAGUCAACUCGCUCUGCGAUGUUUGGAGCUCCCGGAGCUCGGGGGUUGAAUGCAUUAUGCAAUCAACAUGGCUCCAUUUUUCAUUUAUUUUAUGAAAGUACUGUUUUCACUUGUUUCUGUUUGCAGAUGUGUGGAGUAGGUUGCAUUAGUCUGUGAAGCAAAGGGUGAUAAACGAAAGGUUGAAAAGCAAUGGACUAUGAAGAUUGUGCAAGGAUCUGAAUACUUUUGCAAGGCGCUGUAGCUCCUAAAAAUAACCAGCUCUCUGUCAUCUGAUCUGUCCCGAUUGCUUUAUUGUAAUGUAAGAAAAUAAUGAAAAUCACUUUAUAGCACUGUGUUUUGUAGACCUGUCACUUAACUUUUGAUUCCUUUUUUUUUUUUUUUUGUUACCUGAACUGCAGUAAAUUCAGUGGUUACAUUUAGAUAUUCUCCUGGAUUCAAACGUUUGCAAAAAAAAAAUCAGAACGGGAUCACAUAAUCUCUCUGUUACUGAAGGGAUUCUUACCGGCUUUUAUAUUCUGUUUUUAUCUCUCUGUCUUUGGGUUUUCUGCUUGACUGUUUCCAAUAAUCCCAGCACUUUCGCAAAGGCGAACAGCCACCUCUGGGACAUUUCGCGUUCACCCAGGUCUCUCGCUAACGGCGGCGGUGGCGUUUUGCUACAGCUUUGCGAGCGCUCAGCAGUGUUAUAUUGGAUGAUGUGAAUACCGUCUCAAAAGCAGGUUUUGCGCAGAGUAGUCAUGGUUCCCCGGUAGUUUCUUAAGGCAGCGUGGCAAGUGGGUCAUCAGGUCCCCUCCCAGUCUUGUGCAGUCUGCGGUGUUUGCAUCUCGUCAGAACUAGGGCACUGAGGGGUGUUGCAACCCGGGGAGAUUCAUCACCGUAGCUAACAGCCAUCGCUAAGUAACUGCCGCACUUUUCCUUUUCCUGUUCCUGCGCUCCACUGGGAUUCCGUGGAAGUUCUUAUUUUAGCAGGUUUCUGUGGAAGUUCAGCUUCUUGAGUACAGAGCUGAGUGAUCAUGUGCUGCAGAGUAAAAUUCCAUAUAAAUGCAGGAAACGCAGGAACACCUGGAAGACGCUUUCAGUGCUGCGUAGAAGUUAUUCCUUUUGGGUCAGUUUGGGUAGUAAGAUGUCCUAUUGUUUCUGCAAUGUUUAAACCCCUUCAGGUGUUCAAAACCCCCCCACAGUCUCCAUUUUCCAUUCAGAAAGUAGCUGACUGAACAGGUGCUGUGAAGAACAUCUAGAAGGAUGGAGAUGUUCUGGCUGUAAUUCUACUCCAUGCCUACCUGAAAUUAUUAGGUGUUCACUGGACUGUCCUGGGCCACGUUUGGUUUUGACCUCUCUUUGGGAUCGAGCUUGAAUGGAUGUGGGUGUGGAUGUGAAUGUUAGCCUAGUUGCUGUUGGAAAUGUGGCACCAGUGUUUAAUGUUUUUUUGUUUGAAAAGCGAUAGCAGACUGGUGCUAUCGUGUGUUAUGGUUAUGCAGUGCAGGUAUUGGAAAAAAAUAAGGGAGAACAGUUCUGUAAUGCAGUAAUACAGAUCUAAAUUGGAGUAUGUUUUUAAAUCACUUUGCCAGAAAGAAGGAUGUGACUACCUCACAAAAUAUUGCCUGACUCCAAAUUUUUAAGGAAUAUAAAAAACAAAACAAAAAAAAAAAAACAAUCAUGCU